AUGGAGGCCGGAUUUAGCUUGCGUCAGUGGUUGUUCUCCGCACGAGAGCCAGACGACGCGGACAAUUUUCAGGAACAAUUUGCUGAAUUGCAAGAUAAACUUUUUCGUCACUUCGAUAGGGUACCUUUCGAGGACAGGACUGAAUUGGACAGAUUGAAAGAGGACGUUCUUCGUUUCCUCGAGGAUGCCAACUAUGACGAGUAUCCUGCCUACGAUGGAAGGUUUGCCAGACUGCGACAUGAACUUUUUCGUGACUAUGAUAGGGAAGACUUCGAGGACAAGGACGAAUCUGCCAGAAUGCUUGACGACCUACGUCGUUUCCUUGAGAGGGAACGUUCGUACGAUCGUCGACGUUUUCCAAGAAAAGUCUAA